UCUUUUCCUUAACUUACAUCUCCUUUCAUUUCAAUUUUUAUUGAUAUCUAUAUAUCUUACCUUGCUGUCGAAACGUACUUUAAUAUCAUUUUUUAUCAAUUAAUUAAACACUUUCAAAGCUUGACUUAGCUUGAAUGUGGUUAUUGAAUUCUUUUAUGCUCUCUUCCUUUUCCUAGUCUUAUUAGUAACCUACCUGCAUGAUACCUAUUCCACGCCGAGCAUAUACUAUCCUCCUUUGACAUCAUACCAAACUCCUAGCGCGUUUAAUCAGGUCGAGUAUCACAAGCACCAAACAAGCACCAAAUAGGCACCUACAGCUGAAGAGGGGGAGUUACUUGUACACCUAGGCACCAAAAUAACAAGCAACUUCCAAGACGGGACCAAGCAAAACGUCACCCACGUUUGGACUUUCCCGCUCUUGUCCUUGAACUCGCCCUCCCUAAUUAUAACUUAAUCCUCCCUAGUCUACUUACUCCGAAAUUCUUCCUUCUCUUCCACCAUGGUCCGUAUUAUACCUCAAAGACUAAAAACCAAAACUACGAACUCUACCGCCAAUUCCACCACCAAUAGUCGCAGCAGUAGUCCCAUGCCGCCGAAACUCGAUGCAAAUGUCUCGGAGGGUAGAAGAGAUACGGGUUUGGUCCUAAAGAUAGUUGUGCUUCGAGCGAGAAACUUAGCAGCAAAGGAUCGCGGAGGCACAUCUGAUCCGUAUCUCCAACUAACAUGCGGUGAAACUAAAUUCGUCACUCAUCAUGUUCCGAAAUCGCUAAACCCCGAUUGGAACGUUGUCUGCACCGUCCCUGUUACUGGUACCGACAAUUUACUCAUAGAUUGUAUCUGUUGGGAUAAGGAUAGGUUUGGUAAGGACUACCUCGGCGAGUUCGAUUUAGCCCUCGAGGAGAUCUUCUCCAACGAGAAGACCGAGCAAGAGCCGAAAUGGUAUCCUCUCAAGAGCAAGAAACGAGGAAGGAAGUCGAACUAUGUGUCCGGGGAGGUUUUACUUCAAUGCACGAUAUUUGAUUCGACAAACAAGGAUGCGACGGAUCCUCAGAUCUUAGAAAAGCUUCGUUCGCUUGCCACCGCUCUACCAGAAACCGCAUCCCGCAAUCCCACCCCCAAUAGAACUCCGACACUUGGCCCGACCUCUACACCCAAAUUAGAAUCAAACCCAUCGACCCAGUCGAGCAGGACCUCACCGGAAGGGUCUCAGGAUGACGAAGACGACGACGAGAUACUGGAUGAAGAUGAAGAGGGAGAUCCGAAUAAACCCGAGAAUAUCGAGAAGAGGAAGAGAAGGCUUAGGAUCAAGGGUUUGAAGCGUAAAAAGAGACAAAAUCCCUACGAAUUCAUCAAUGGAGGUAGUGAUGUGGUUGGCCUCAUCUUCCUCGAAAUCUGCAACAUCAAUGAUCUUCCUCCCGAAUCUAACUUUACGAAAACCAGUUUCGACAUGGACCCUUUCGUUGUUGCAUCUCUAGGAAAGAAGACGUAUCGUACACGGGUUGUUCGCCAUAACCUAAACCCUGUUUUCAAUGAGAAGAUGUUGUUCCAUGUCUUGGGUCACGAGCGGUCUUAUUCUUUUGCUUUCACCGUCAUAGAUCGCGACAAGAUCUCUGGGAACGACUUCAUUGCUUCGACUUCGUUUCCCUUACAGGAACUAAUCGAGAAGAGCCCUAAAGCCAAUCCGGAAACUGGUCUAUACGAGUUAAGAGAGCCAGCCGAGUAUGUUCGGGAAAAGAAAUCACGGCUCGCGAGGUUAGGCAUGUCGAGGUCAUCUUCUACCCAGAGUUUAUCCAAAGGCCGACCGGUAUUGCCAAAGAACUCUAGUGCGGCUUCGGCACUAUCUCAGGUUGAUGGACAGGCUGAUGCGAAGGUUGCUCCCACUUCCGCCCCGAACCCUACGCUAUUGACGCCGGAUCAAGCGCCUAGUCUAAACAAUGGGAACGGGAACGGUAAUGGUGAGGGCAACGACUAUGCUGACGAUCCUGAUUUUAAUGUCUUCACAAUUCCAUUGAAGAUGAAGAACUUGGAAAAGUGGGAAGCCAAGCAUAGCCCGAUGUUGACCUUCCGUGCCAAGUAUGUGCCAUAUACCGCCUUGAGGCAACAAUUCUGGCGCGCGAUGUUGCGACAAUAUGAUGCAGAUGAGAGUGGCGAGAUCAGCAAGGUUGAGUUAAGCACUAUGCUCGAUACACUCGGUUCUACUCUGCACGAAUCUACCAUCGACAGCUUUUUCAAAAGAUUCCCGCAUGAGGCGUCAAGCGGCGAGCAGGAAAUUACUAUGGACGAAGCCGUCAUCUGCUUAGAGGAUCAGUUAGACGCCAAGAAUAGGUCGCCUCCAGUAACUGAGAAGCUGAAGAAUCUGGUACCCGACACAGAAAAGGUGAAGAACUUCCUCGCCCCGUCAAGUCAAAGCAGCAGCGUCACACCUUCGGAGGAAGGAUCCUUCAUUCUUAGCUCAGAAGAUUCGAGCAUUCAAGGGACGCCGUCGGGAACUUCAACUAUCGCUGUUCCUGAUCUCAGCACGCCUGGAGAGGAAGGUGAUGCGUUGGAUAGAGAUGACCUCAACACCGAACGUGGUGAGGAACAUGUCGUUGAAAUUCGAGAAUGUCCAAUCUGCCACCAGCCUCGGCUCAAUAAGCGUAAAGAUGCGGAUAUCAUCACUCAUAUUGCUACGUGUGCCAGUCAGGACUGGCGCCAGGUUAAUUCACUGAUGAUGGGCGGGUUCGUCACAGCAAGCCAAGCGCAAAGAAAGUGGUACUCAAAAGUCAUGACGAAGAUUUCAUACGGUGGCUAUAAACUUGGCGCCAAUUCGGCCAACAUUCUCGUCCAGGACCGUCUGACGGGACAGAUCAACGAGGAGAAAAUGAGUGUUUAUGUACGUCUGGGAAUUCGAUUGCUAUACAAGGGCUUGAAGUCGAAAGAUAUGGAGAACAAGCGAAUCCGCAAGCUAUUGAAGAGCUUAAGUAUCAAGCAAGGCAAGAAAUACGAUGACCCCGCAUCGAAAUCUCAGAUCUUACCUUUUAUCGAGUUUCAUCGACUGGACAUGUCCGAGGUUCUUCAGCCAGUGGAGGAGUUCAAGAACUUCAACGAAUUCUUCUAUCGUGCUCUCAAGCCGAAUGCUCGGCCCUGCUCGGCCCCAGAUAACCCUCACAUUAUUGUAUCACCGGCGGACUGUCGAUCUGUUGUCUUCAAUACCAUCGAUUCAGCAACCAGCAUCUGGAUAAAGGGUCGCGAAUUUUCCGUGAAACGGUUACUUGGCGACGCAUAUCCCGAAGAUGCCAAACGCUACGAUAAUGGCGGACUAGGUAUCUUCCGAUUGGCUCCUCAGGAUUAUCAUCGGUUCCAUAUCCCCGUUGACGGCAUACUGCGUGAGCCGAAGCUCAUUGCUGGCGAGUACUAUACCGUCAAUCCUAUGGCUAUCCGAUCGGCGUUAGAUGUGUACGGCGAAAAUGUUCGUGUUCUUUGCCCUAUUGACACCGAACUGUUCGGUAGGGUAAUGGUGAUCUGUGUUGGCGCCAUGAUGGUUGGUAGCACAGUGAUUACCCGAAAGGAGGGAGAGCAAGUGAAACGAGCUGAGGAGCUUGGAUACUUCAAGUUUGGCGGCAGCACCAUUGUGACACUGUUUGAACCUGGAAAGAUGGUAUAUGACGCCGACUUGGUCGACAACUCGGCUAGUGCCCUGGAAACACUGAUCCGAGCAGGCAUGUCAGUCGGCCAUUCCCCGCAGGUGCCGCAAUUUGCGCCAGAUAUGCGCAAGGAUGAGAAAGAUGUCACAGAGGCGGAAAAGGCGGAAGCUCACCGUCGCAUCCGUGGUGGCGUUGAGGCUGCAGAUGAGGGGAACUUGCAUUAAUGCGAAACUGGUGGCGGGGUUAAGAGAUACAUUCACGAAUUGCAUUCUGACGGCGUUGUGCCAUUGAAGCGAUGACUCUUUUAAAAAAAGAGAAAUAGGAUUGUGGAUAAGGUACCUAGUUAAAUGAGGUUUAAGCAUAAGACCAGGAAGUCGAUUGCAUUUCUAUCAAUACGAUGGAUAUAGAAUAACUAGAAUAUGGAUCUAGGUGAGCGGGCGGCAUUAGUGUUUCUCGUUACCUGACUUCCUUAACUUGCCCUGACAUGCGAGAGAGAGGGGUUAAAUAGGCUUUCGAGAUAGAUUGUCACGGUGAUCCUACAUCGGACUCCUUCCCCGUCUCCUGCGUAAUUUUCUUCUCGAACGUAGGUACAUUCAUAGUCUGGCUGUAAGGAUCUAAUCUUCGACCGGACACCGUACGAUGUCUUACGGGUGUCUCUAGGACGACAAUAUCGGUGUGGAUAUGAAGGACGCU